AUGACGAUAAAUUCGAAGAAAACAAAAGAUAUGUGGAUAUGUUUUAACACAGCAAUACCGGCACCAGAACCAUUGGUCAUUGGAAACGAGGCAGUGGAAAGAGUAAAUUCUCAUAAACUGUUGGGUGUCUGGCAUCAAAAAAAUUUGAAAUGGAACUGUCAUGUUAAGAACAUUGUAAGGAAAGCAAAUAAACGAAUGUUUAGUCUGAAAGAAUGCCGUAGAGCGAACCUUCCUCCUGAGGUCGGUAUUACAUGUUAUGAAUCCAAGAUUAGACCUGUUUUAGAAUAUGCAGCUCCGAUAUGUGGUGGUUUACCACAAUAUCUCAUUGAUGAAAUAGAGAGCACUCAAAACAGAUGCAUCAAAAUCCUCGGCACAUCUCGGUGCAACUUUGAAACGCUAGAACAAAGAAGGGCACACCUAACUGUUAAGGAAUACCAAAGAAUUCUAAGUGAUCCGACCAACCCAUGUAAUAAACUUAUCCCCCAACCUUUUACCCAUGAACACGAUCUAAGAACAACAAAUAAUCUACCAUAUGUUGUAUCGUAUACUAAAAUACACCGGCAAUCAUUUAUACCUAGAGCUAUAUAUCCCUUUUAA